UUUUUUUUGCAUACUGGCGUUUUUUAUAAGUACUCCGUUUAUUGCUUGGCCCCUUCGUUUCUCGCUAUAUCCAAAAACCUUCAAUUUUUUCUAUACCGUUAGGUAGAUAUAAGGAACCUAAAUGUCUCUUGUAAUAUCAUCAUCCUCAGUAACUUUUUCCUCAAUUUUUAGUCCAUUCAGAGUAUGUGAUGUGAAAUAUGGGCAACAUGCUUUAUCAAUUCCGUUGUGUUCGUUUGUUGUUCAUUCCAAAUUUCCUACCCUAAAUAACCAUAAAAUUUUUAGAAAGAAGUCACCGAAUAUUUUGAAGCCUGUUAGAGAUUCUAUCAACCAAAAUAGUCAGUCUUUCACCGAGGACAACACAGUAACUUUUGAUUGGGAAGAUGAAGAGGAUGUUGAAGACAUGGGGUCACCAUGGGAAGGGGCGGUUAUAUACAGGAGAAACCCUUCUGUUACUCAUAUGGAGUAUUGCACAACCUUAGAGAGGCUUGGAUUAGGAAAACUUUCAAGUGAUAUCUCCAAAUCUAGGGCUUCAGUGAUGGGAUUACGGGUCACAAAAGAUGUGAAAGAUUAUCCUAAUGGAACCCCUGUUCAGAUCUCCAUAGAUGCGACAAGGAAGAAGCGAAAGAUGAGGCUCGAUGGGAUCAUUAAAACUGUCAUCACUCUCGGUUGUAAUAGGUGUGGUGAGCCAGCUGCUGAGUGUGUUUUCUCCAAUUUCUCACUUCUACUUAGUGAAGAGCCCAUAGAAGAACCUGAAAUUAUUGAUAUGGGAGCAACCUUUGAGGAAAGGUAUAAAUCUUUGUAUGGAAGUAACCAAGAGGUGGAGGAAGAUGAUGAUGCAUCAAUCGAUUGCGAUGAUAGGCUUUAUUUUCCUCCUGAAGAAAAGGAAAUAGAUAUUUCAAAACACAUAAGAGACCUGGUGCAUUUGGAAAUUACGAUUAAUGCAGUAUGUGAUCCAAGAUGCAAAGGCAUAUGUCUUCAAUGUGGCAUAAAUUUUAAUACUAGUAGUUGUAACUGUAGAGAAGAGGUAAAGGAGAAAGGUUAUGGCCCACUUGGAAACUUAAGGAAACAAAUGCAGCAAAAAUGAUCCUAGUUAACGUAGUGCUGACUCCCUCCGUAAUAGCAUUUUUUAUGUAUGCAGCUCAUAGUUAUAUAGAACAAUAAGAACUUAUAACCAGUCAGUCCUAUUUGUAUCAGAUUUUUUUAACACUUGAAAAGGGGAUGGUUGGGGAGCAAUUUUCACACCUUAUAUUUGAUUCAUCAGUUUUUAACAUUGCAUGCUAUUUUAGAGGUGUAUGUUUAUUCCUUUUUGUUUUUGGACAACAAAAAUAUUCAUCCCAAUUGCUGUCUCUUUGAUGUAUUUAACUUUUUAAGGGCAAAAAUCUCAUAAGUAAAGCUCCUUUGGUCCAUUU